CCUGCUCUAUCUAUUAACCACACUCCUCUCCUUCAUCCUAGGCCACUAUGCAUGAACGGUGCCCCGCCGCCGUUCCCGCACUCUCCCUCGUCAUGCCUCAUCCUUCUCUCCCCCGUCGUCGCUCGUCCAUGCUCUCGUCUGUCUCGGACCCCCACACUCCACCGCCCCGGAACUCGCCCCUGCCGGUCCUGUCUCCCGCGUCCAACAGGAAGAGUUCAGACAGCUGGAAUAGUUCCAACUACGACGGAGCAGACGACCUCGAGUGGGAGUGGAAACCAGAGCAGACGCGUCUGUUGUCCCGUACUCUCGACGCUCUUCCCUCACACCUCAUAACCCCCUUCAACGGCCCCGUACCCCCCUCGAAUCUCCUCGACAAGAUCGCAAGGGGUGUCGUGCACGCAAAAGGGCCAGCCGAAUGGCCUCACUCUUUACGAGCCACGCGUGCCAAGAUCGUCGAGCUCGCUCGACUGCGAGGGAAGGAGGACACCGCGAGCGAUACUAUCGCGGAGGAAGAAAGCACCGACCCGGGUUCAGUACAACAGAAGCCCAGCAGAGGGUUCAAGCGCCCCCUGCAUAAGCAGUCAAGUAUGGACUUCGUGCCAACCGCUGCCCAGCUUGACCCUUCGGACGACGCGAUCGCGCGCUUAUCAUAUCGUCUGCAGCACACUGAACGUAUGAUCCCCAAUCCGGCCUACCACCCUUAUGCGCGUACCUCGCCCCGCCUUCGUACCAUGGGUUCCACUGCUAGCUCUACUACACUCAACUCGCAAAGCUCAUGCAGUUCUGGCUCCAAGAUCCCCCGUCUCCGCCGUUCGCUAUCGUCUAUCUCCAACUCCUCCGACUCCUAUAUCCAGAAUCCAGGGGUCGAUCCUAGGGUCCAGCGCAUCAGACGUACGGAGUCUUUCGCAGGAUCCGCGCUCUAUCCCCCUGGAUCUCCACUCAAGUGUGCACCUUCUUUUGGGUCCAUCUCCAAGCGCAGCUCCGAUGCUAUGAGCGUGGAUUUCUCUAACCGUUCUGAUGUUACCACGUCGGACGAGGAGGAGAAGCUGCGGAGUAAGAAAGCGAAGAAGCCGCGCGUCAAGGCGUGCUCUCCCACCCCUCCGGCCACUUCGCCUCCCGCUGUCUCUCCCGCCAAAACCAAGCAGCUCAGGAGAACAACUAAGCAUAUCUCGAAACCUUCCUCGGUCGCCGCUCCCACGGACAGUUCCCGUCGCACGUCCCGGCCCAAGAUGACACUGUCGCGCAAUCCCAGCAUCUUGGGCCCGGAGUUACCUCAGCCUCCUCCGGCGCGCCCUGAGCAUCCUACGCCCAUCGUAAAGCCCCGGUCCCAUCGGAAGUCACCUUCGUCACUGUCUCCGCCAUCCACUAUCCCGACGCCAUCUCCGCCGUCACCGUCGCGCAAAACGCCCCGUCGCACGAAAGCCCCUUCGUCAGCCCGUGCGAUUGUGGGUAGAAAGAUCUCAUUUGGCAAUAUGAUGGCGACCCAUGAAGAGGAGAACGUUAGCCUCGGGGCAGGUCUCGGUCUUGGGAGCGCUUUCCAGCUCGACUAGAUCCGCAUCAUCUUCGGCGUCAGAUUCCGGCAUUGGCUCAUUCGUCACGGACCCCCGCAUCUUCAACACGAAAAUCUUGCAACAUCUCAUCUUUUGCUCCGGCCAGCUCGUCGGCUUACAUACCGCACUCUCGUUCACCUUCUGUUAUACCUACUGGAGGCGUAUUGAAUCCUCCCCGUCACCGCUCCUUCGACAACAAUCUCGCUUCAAUGCUCAAUCUCAUACGCUCGUUCGCCCUUCCCCGGAACCCACCAAGAACACUCGCACAUUCUAUUUUGUACCACCACAAUCCCCCCAUGACAAGAGUUCCUGUUUGUUCCGAUGCUCCCCCUCCGACCCCAAUUCAAUAUCGCCAACCCCGACGCCUGAUCGUGCUCGAUCCCCGCAUCUCUGCAAUACUUGUCGCCAACAAGUUCGGCUGAGGACGACAUACACGGAGUGUCCCCGUGCGCGCUGUAUAUACCGGCGAAAAAUUCCGGUUGUGCUAUGGUGUACUAUAUGCCGUUGAUCUCGUUCAUGGUCUCCCCCUUAACCCUCGAGUGUACAGUCUCCAAUUCGACCGCUUCGGCGUUCCAUGCCACACCACUGCUAACCUUUCUCUUCGAACUGAAUCUCGAGCUAUGAAAUAAGGCUAAUACCAUAGUUCGGGGUAUAUCGCAACUCUGACUUGCUUUUCCUCUCGCCUUUCUCUUCGAUCCUGCUUCCACGCUUGCUCACACCUAGAUGCGUACUCUCCGUUUACGCCGUUACUGUUCCUUCUGCUUUCCUUCUCUCUCUGUCCAUGUGCCGCCCGAGAUCCCGGCUCUCUCGGUCUGUCGACCAGGGAGACAUGGACUGGGUGGCGCAGCGUGCCCGGGUCUAGUUGCAUAUUUCUUGUACAUGUGUUCCAAAAUUUCUCUUCUCUCGUCUGCUGCGCACGCGUGCUUCGGGAUUAAGAUUCCUGCUCUUUCUUCGUUCAUGUAGUACUUAUGUUAUUUCCCUUGCUUUUUGGAAGAAUCUCGUGUACGUCAUUUGGUCGUGGCUGCU